AUGGAUGGAUACUCUGUCACAACAUAUGGACUGCUUGACAACGCAAGCCGUGGAACCAUUGUUGAUGCGAACUUAGCAAAGAAACUGAAUGUGAAGACAACCAAACAGUCGGUGGCUGUUACGACAGUACUUGGAACCCAGGAUUGCGAAUUUGAAUCAGUAUGCUUGUUUCUCCAAGCUGCAACAGCUGGACACGCUGACCCAAUUCUAUAAGUGAGCGAAGGAUUAGUCAAGGAGCUCAAUGUAAAUGAAAGAGUUCUUCCAAAUGAGAUUGACUGCGAAAGAUACCAGCACUUAGCUGAUAUAACUAUGCAUCAAGUCGAACUAAAACAAGUUUCUAUAAUUAUCGGAGAAGAUGUUAAGGGAGCGCAUAUUGUGCAAGAAGUUAGAGUGUCUGAGACUCCAGAAUGUGAGCUGUAUGCAACCAGAACAGCACUUGGAUGGACUAUCGCUGGCAGCGUAGAGGUGAAUGGUGUUUUAAAGAAAGAGCUGUCAGUUAACUUUCUUGAUACCAACAAUCGGUUGCUCAAUCGACAAGUAGAGAAAUUCGGGGAAAUUGAAACGUCUGGAUUAAGAGAGAACGACUUAACGAAAACUGUAUCCGUUGAAGAUUGCCGAGCCGAAGAUAUUCUUCACAGGAGCACGAAACUCGUAGACGGACAUUAUGAGACAGAUUUGUUGUGGAAGGACGAUUGCCCACGAUUCCCCAAUAAUAGGACGGUGGCAGAGAAACGGCUAAAAUCUUUAAAGAAGAAGUUUUACAAUAACCCAGACCUAGAAAUCAAAUAUCGAAAAGUCAUGGAGGAAUACAUUGAAAGGGGGUUCGCCAGAACGUUAACAAAGGAGGAAGCUGAUACUAUAACGGACAAGACAAACUACAUUCCUCAUCAUCACGUUAUUAAUAAAAACAAGCCUGAAAAGGUCAGAGUUGUUUUCCACGCAGCUGCGAAAUUCGAAAAUACAUGCUUGAACCAGAACCUAUUGCAAGGCCCUGACUACACGAACAGUCUCGUUGGCGUCAUGAUUAGGUUUCGGCAAGAUAAUAUUGCUUUAGUGGAGGAUAUUGAAGGUAUGUUCAAUCAGGUGAAGGUAUCUCCAGAAGACCAGGAUGCAUUUCGAUUUCUUUGGUGGAGCGAAGGUCUUGAAGAAAUACCGGACGAAUACGCAAUGACAGUAGACGUUUUAGCAGCAACAGACUCGCCGUGUUGUGCGAAUUACUGCUUUAAAAGGACUGCCGAAGAUAAUAAGGACGAAUUUACCGAUCUUGUCGUUGACACUGUUCUGAGACAUUUCUAUGUCGAUGAUAUGCUAAAGGCCUUAUAGAACGAAAAUAUUGCCAUUGAAGUAGCUACGAGUUCCAUGUCUUUGCUUUCACGAGGUGGCUUCAAUUUGACUAAAUCCAUGUCAAAUAGUCGGACAGUUCUCCAAGCAAUACCCGCUGAAAAAAGAGCCUUGCCCAACCUCGAUCUAGAUCUUGACCAACUCCCCAUUGGACGCACGUUAGGUGUACAUUGGAAUGUUGAAGACGACACGUUUUGCUUUAAGAUAAAGCCUUGUGACAAGCCUAAUACCAUGAGAGGUGUACUUUCGUGUGUUUCUUCCUUUUAUGAUCCAAUGGGAUUUGCUGCACCAGUGCUUUUACCUCCUAAGCAAAUUCUUCAGGUUUGCUGGCGGAGAAAAUUGAAAUGGGACGAUCCUUUGGAGGCUGACUUACUGAAAUCUUGGAUUAAUUAGAAAUCAUUGCUACCACUGAUGACACAAAUAAGCAUUCCUCGUUGUUUCUACCGCCUGCCAGAUCACGAUGAUGCCGUUGUCGAAUUACACCAUUUCUGUGACGCCUCCGAGAUAGGAUACGGCACCGUGUCGUACUUACACAUCCUGUACAGCGACGGAACCAGUAAUUGCUCGUUUAUCAUGGGAAAGUCGAGAAAUGCUCCAAUUCGGUCGCCUACGAUUCCAAGACUUGAAUUGCAAAGUGCGUUAUUGGCUGUAUGAAUGAAUAAAAUUAUUCAGAGAGAACUUGAUAUAACUGUACACGAAACACUUUUCUGGACGGAUAGUAUGAUAGUACUAUCCUAUAUUCACAACACUACGAAACGGUUUCAAACGUACGUGGCAAACCGAGUAAAUGAAAUCCGAGAAUUAUCUGAGCCGACACAAUGGCGACACUGCCCAGGAGAAUUGAAUCCCGCGGACGAUUGUUCUCGUGGUUUAGACUCUCAGCAAUACAUAGAACAAGAACGGUGGUUACGAGAUCCAGAGUUCCUUUGGAACCAUAGAGAUUCAUGGCCGGACCAACAAGUGAAGGAGAUACCUGAUGGUGAACUGGAGAUCAAAAAGAAGAACGACCUGUGUGACUCGCCUUGA